AUGAAUGGAAAUCAAUCCACGUUACCAAAAUGUCAUGAACAAUUUCCUAAUUCACUUGCCUCUAUUAAAUCAUCGAGCGGCGAUGUGCUCCGAUUGGGAGUGAACUACAUUGUCGAUACGAAUACUCGAUGUGAGCAUUAUCAAAGUAAAUUGGAUAUAAUAUGCAUCAAAUUUAAAUGUUGUGACGUAUAUUACCCAUGCUUCCAGUGUCAUAACAAGAUAAACAGGUCCUUACACAAGACAGAGAGGUGGUCUAAACUGGAUCUUAAAGCAGAAAAAGUUAUUCUAUGUGGGUUCUGUUUCAAUGAACUACUGUUCGAAGAGUAUUCUAAAAGCGAUUAUUAUUGCGUUUAUUGUAACAGCAAGUUCAAUCCUAAAUGCGCUUUGCACUACGACUUGUACUUCGAUUUGACUUGA